GGAACUAGGCGCAGAUGGUUGUGUCUUUUCACCACAACCUUCACAGGGCUGACAAUCUGAGCUGGAGUCCAGUUUUAGGUUGUCAUCCGACCUAUGAGUCCUCCUUAUUCCUACGAAAGCGUUUUACACGAUUGCGCAGGCGUCCACGCAUGGCUGACUCCGUUUUAUACUCAGGGAGAAGUGCGCCGCCCCACUCACAGAGGAACUGGAAGACAACAGUGAACUCUCAAAAUAAGAUCAGGAAAAGUUAGGAUAGAAACUUAGUGGACUUUGGACCAGAAACAGCCGUCGGAAGGAACGGGAAUAAUUACGCAGACGAAACAUUUUACGCACAGAGUUCUGGGAAAACUCUGGAAACAUGACAAGGACGCUCCAAAGUGUUGGCUUCUUCCUUAUAGUCUGUGUUUUUUCAACAGCUGGAGCUCAAACAGCUCAAGACACACUGCAGCAAUAUAUAUCCCUAACCUGGGCCAAUGGGAUGUUUCCAGAGAUUUGCUGGUUACCUCCACCAGAGAAGCCAGUGCAAAACGGCAAAUAUCAAAUAUGUGUAUCAACAAAGAAGGACAACAUAACAUACAGCGUGGACAUUACUUCAAAAAAGAACUGCACGAACAAGAAAACAAUCAUGUCUGGAGGAUUUGUUCAAUUUUUUGUCAAUACUUCUUGUUCAGAGAGGAAGAAUAAGCCGGCUGUCAUCAACUACAACGACCCAGACUUGGUGAAAACUUCGGAUUGUGUCAUCCAUUCCUCCAGUUUAACCCACUGCUCCUGGCAGCCAGCCCCUGAUGCUCCUCCAGACCUCAGUUUUUUCUAUACGUUAGCCGAUGAAUCUGGUAACUCCCUUGACAUAUCCCCUAUACAAGAGUGCCCCUCAUAUACACGCACCAAUAAAAUAAGGACCGGAUGUAAUUUGAAGAUGAAAACCAGUGAGUCCAUCAACUACUUAUUGAAUGGGACGGUGCACAACAAGCCUGUUAGGAACACCUACAGAAUAACUACAUUACACGUGAAACCGCCCCCCCCUAACUGGACAGUUACUAAAACUGCAAACGAGUUCAACAUCAGCUGGAUUCCUCCUGAUCUCUUCAGGCCGUCAGAUUGGAAUUUCUUUAUAAAGUACACUCGGUGUGAUCAACCACCGAUUGAAGAGAAAAUGCCAGAAGAAUCAUACUGGAUACUAAAACGUGAAUCCAGCUGUCAGUACCGCAUCUCCAUUAGAGCUGAAACAAACGCAGAUAGAGGAGGAACAGAAUGGAGUCAAGAGAAAAUUUUUGAUGCAGAUACUAAUCUGUUACUGUUUGCUGCCAUUAUCAUCCCACUGGGGCUUGCAGUUGUGGUCGUCCUCACAUUGGUGUGUUGUCGAAAAAAUAAGGAAAACCUCUUCCCCAAAGUACCAGUACCUCGGGACCUUCUCAGCGAUAUUUCUGAGAACAACAAUAAAAUCACUGUUGGCAACCUUUAUUGUCCGGAAAAAGAGGAAGAGGAUUGUAAAAUCACUCUGGUGAUAGACCCCCAAAUCAACCAACUGGACUCCUGACACAUCUAUGUUGUAGACAAUGAGAAGAGUCCCAUAUGAUUACUUUUUUAAAUCCAGGAGACAAAGUACAACAGAUGAAGAAGGCCUUUAUUUUUUUAUACUGGCUGUGUCAGAUUAACUUGGAUUUCCACAAAAUACUGGCAGCUACUGCAUUCACAUUCUUUUGUAUUACAUUAUUUCUGUGUUAUAUGGGAAAAUGUCAGUUUAGUUUUGUAGCAUUCUUUCCUGAUGACAGUGUUAGAACAAACAAGCAGUUCACGUUACUGGGAUUUUCUCCAUGCAGAUUUGUGCCUCUUUACUGUUCUAAAUAGCUUUAACCGCACCACUGUGGCACUUUUUUACUGAGAGCCCAACAGUUGCAGUUGUUGCACUUCUACCAGCAAACACACAUCUCUAUACCCUUGCGUUCCAGACAUCUGUGAAGCAAUUAGAGCAGUGGUUCCCAACCUUUUUUGGCUUGUGACCCCAUUUUAACAUCACAAAUUUCUGUUGACCCCAGACAUUCAAAACACAGACUUUUUUUUUUUGCUAAAGUGA